ACGGAUAUGACGUGUGGGUACGGGCCCUCGUGACGCGUAUGCGCUUACAUCAUUAAUCUACGGUGUUUGGCGUCAGAGUUCAUUGAUGGACCACUUUCACAGCCUUGUGUAACUGCACUGGGUGUGUACUUUAAAUUUCCGGUUAGUAUUAAUCCACCAAGCGACUGCUCCGAGAAGGCAAUAUGGAGAAAGCCAACCAGGCGGCCUUUGACAACGCCAGACUGGAGGUGAUCAAGGAUGGCUACAAGCGAGGAUUUGAAUGUAUCAAUAAAGGGCUCACCGCUGAUGAGAAAGGAGACAAGACGCAGGCUCUGGAGCUUUACAAGAAAGGCCGACAGCACCUUCUCAGGGGUAUUAGCGUGCCGUCCGCGGGGGACGACUGUGUAGGCAGCGCCUGGGCUUCAGCGCGAGAGAUGCAGCAGAAGAUGCAGGAGACUCUCAGCAACAUCACAACGCGUCUGGCCAUCUUGGAGACCAACUCUGAUCAAGGUCAAGAAGCGGUGUCUUCUCUUGCAGCCUCAGGAAACAUCUAUCCAAAAAUCCCUCCUCAGCCAGCUCCACCAAGUCUACCUGAGGGAAAGGCACUCAAUAUAGGCCUCAAUAUUCCUCCUUCCUGUCCCACUCCCUCCAGGCCCUCUGAGCAGCCUCCAGCUUACUCUCCUCACGCAGCAGACGGUCAUGUCUCCAUCUCAUAUGGGACGGAAUCAGGGGAGCUGUCACUGGUUGGGGAAGAGUUCUACUCCCACAACUCCAGUCCAUCGCCACAGAGCGUGGGAGAAGAUGCAGAUCAACUCCUCUACAUUCCACAUGGGGUUCAGAUAUUCUUUGUGACUCCAGACGGGCAAGUGAGCGCCCCAUCUUACCCUGGAUACCUUCGGCUGGUCAAGUUCACCAGCGAUCCCUCGGAGCGGAUGCCUAACAGGCCGCCAGCAUUUCUGCAGGUGUGUGACUGGCUGUAUCCCCUCAUGUCCCUGGACUCCCCGGUGCUGCUGUGCAACACCGGCGUCUUCAUGUUUCCUGACAUGAUGGCCGCAGUUCCUGGUUAUUACGUUGGAGUGGUGCUUUCGUCCGAGCUGCCUCCCACUGACAGAGAACUGUUCCGCGAUCUGCUCUCACAGAUGACUGACCUCAGGAUUCAGGCUCCAGAUGAAGCUGCAAGCGGCAUCGAUCUGAGCCAAACUGUGCCUGUUGCCCCUCCUGAGGUAGUGCCCUUGCCAGAGAAGACACCUGAGGAGGAGGAGGAGGAGGCAGCAGAGGGGAAAAGUCUGCCCGAGUGGAGCGAGAAGGUGGCAAGUGGGAUCCUGACUGGGGCCUCCUGGUUGAGUUGGGGUUUGGUGAAAGGAGCUGAGUUCACCGGCAUGGCCAUCCACAAGGGGGCAUCUAAACUGCGAGAGCACAUCACACCGGAGGACCAGCCCACGCACGUCAGCCCCACAGUCACCAAAGGCCUCCAUGUGGCCAAGCAGGCGACGGGGGGAGCUGUCAAAGUCAGCCAGUUUCUCGUGGACGGAGUUUGUAGUAUUGCCAACUGCGUGGGCCGAGAGCUGGCACCACACGUGAAGAAACAUGGAGUCAAACUCAUCCCUGAGUCCAUGAAGAAGGAUAAGAAUGGACGUUCCAACAUCGAUGGGGCCAUGGUGGUGGCAGCGAGUGGCGUGCAAGGGUUUGCCACGAUGUGGACAGGUUUGGAGGUGGCUGCCAAAAACAUCGCCACAAGUGUAGCAUCAGAGACCGUCACCACUGUCAAGCACAAGUAUGGCGCCGCGGCUGGACAGGCCACAGAUCACGCCGUCAACUCGGCCAUCAACGUCGGCAUCACCGCCUUCAACAUCGACAACCUCGGGGUCAAAGCUGUGGUGAAAAAAACUGGCAAGCAAACUGCCAAGGCCAUUUUGGAAGACUACAAGCUCCCGGAUAAAUCAGACAAUGAGAAGAGCGUGGAGAAACACAAGUAGUUCUCUCCCUUCUCACCGCCUUUAACGCCUUAAUGCUACUUUAUACUGUCAUGUAAACAGGUAUCUAUUUCUGUGAUUACUACUGUGAUGCUGCUGCACUUUACUUAGUUUAAAGCUCUUUGACGAACAGGAAGUAUAAAACCAAAUCAUGUUUUUAUCUCGACUUUUGAAGGUGCAACUUUAGCUUUACUGUAACAAGCUUUAAAUAUCGCAAUGGUACUUUCACUAACCUGUGUGUUUACCUUUUUCUAAUGAGUGCGAUUUAUCUGCUUCUAAUAAGGAAUUAAUAAUGUUUAUUUUUAAUAAUAACUUCCCACUGUGCCUACAUUUGUCAUAAAUUAUGCAAAUAUAAUAUAAAUACAUAUAUAAUUGGAUGACUUUUUAAAGUAGUUGGACCAUUGACUUGUGGAGUUAUUGAUGAUUUUUUGUGUGUCUGUCACGAGCAGGGAUGUCAUUGUUCAGUGUAGUGGGUUCCGUCCAAAUUGGUCCAAGUCUUUCAGUUGAAUAUCACCAGCUUAGGUGUCUGACUUGAUAUGUGUGUGUUGAUGUGUGGACAAUGUGUUUCUGGUUCUCCGUCAGUCUUUUUUUCUUAUCAGAAUUUAACACUGGAGGCUAACCUAAACAAAAUAAACAACAUUUUUGGAAAAUC